CCCUGCUGAGGAUGAGUCAGGAGCAGACCGAAAACGUUGCUCUUCAGGAGGAGCUCUAUGUAAGAUGUGAUGAAGAACAAACGGAGAAAACACAAUGGUCCAACAAACUUCAGGGCGUCGUUGCCCUGCUUGGAUAUUCUGUCGGUCUGGGUAACUUGUGGCGAUUUCCCUACGUCUGUCAAAGAAACGGAGGAGGUGCGUUUCUGAUUCCUCACAUGAUCUUCACGAUUGUUGUGGCUGUACCUCUGUUCUUCCUGGAGGUUGCUCUUGGUCAGUUUUCCCGCAAAGGACCCAUAGGGGUGUGGGCGAUGUGUCCUCCAAUGAAAGGUAUCGGCUAUGGUAUACUUAUAGUCAGCUGUGUGGCCAUCCCGUACUACAGCAUGGUAUUUGCAUGGGCCCUCUACUACCUGUACAGCUCCUUCUCCAUCGACCUGCCUUGGGCAACUUGUGGCAAUUCAUGGAACACACCGCAUUGUGUGGCUGCUGGAGAGUCGAGACGUACCACUAAUAGUUCGGCAGAGAUUGCUAUGCUAAGUCUCAACACCACGGAAAGGAUGGAUUCAAACCAAUCUGAAACAUUUACAGAUGCAUUUGGUCACACUUCAACGGAGGAGUUUUGGCAAUACAAAGUCCUUGUUAUUUCCUCGGGCAUAGAAGACAUGGGAUCGCUGCAGCCGCAUCUCGUCAUUUGCUGGUUUCUUACCUGUCUGAGCAUGUUCCUGUGUGUGAUGAAAGGUGUCAAGUCUCUUGGAAAGGUGGUGUACGUAACUGCGAUGAUGCCAUAUGUCUUGUUGACUGUGCUGCUGGUCAGAUCGUGCAUGAUGCCGGGUGCUGUGGAUGGGAUUUUGUUUUACCUAACUCCAGAUUUCAUGCGUCUUCAAACUACCCAGGUCAGCAAAUUCAAUGAAUAUUGGUCUUACAGAAAAUAA